GUGUUGUCAAAUGCUAUCCCUGAAGUGAAACAUCACAUAUCUACACUUACACAGGAGAUUAGAACACAUUUCAGAACAUUACAUGGCAUCUUACAAAUCAGGGAACAGAUUUUAAUAGAAGAGCUGGAAAAAUCUAGUAAUGAGAAAAUUGAGCCAUUAGUUGAGAUGAAAGAUACAGUUAUGAUGAAUAUCAAGAAACUAAAUAUGAUUGUUAAAGAUGAAAAAUUGGAUAAUCCUAGAAGACUAUUCAAAGCUGGCCAGAAGAUGCUUGCCUGUCAAGAAAUUGAGUUGCUAGCUGGUGAUUUGAUAGACCGACACUCAAAACACUCACACAAACAACUACCAUAUUAUAUCUAUUUAGCAACAUUUGCACUGAUUAACUGUUUAUUUCGAGCUCUUGGUGAUCAGCUUGACGGCCAUGCCCGUGAUCAUUUGAAACAUCGUCAAGAUACUGUGCAGUAUAUGCUGGAUCAUAGAGAGGAUUUUGAACCAUUUGUGGAAGAUGAUGUUCCUUUUGCAAGACAUGUUGCUAUGCUUAAAAAACCAGGAACGUACGCAGGAAAUGAUGUAAUUGUUGCAUUUGCCAGACUCCAUGAAAUUAAUGUGAUUAUACAUCAGCUGAAUGCCCCAUUGUGGCAGGUAAACGGUGCAACUAAAGCUUCAUCUAAAGAACUCCAUAUAUCUUACCAUAAUGGUGACCAUUACUCUAGUGUUAGAAAACUUGGUGAUAAUUCACAAAAUCCUGCAAAUAUCAGAUUACAG